AUGGAUUCGAUUCCUCAGAAUGUCAUAGACGCGGUGUCCGAUUGUAGCAAUAAAGUUUCAGCUCUGCAGGCUGAGACCGAUGCUUCGCUGGAAAAACUCCGUAUUGAAUACCGAACAAAGAUUGAAGAUUUGUUUGAGCAACGUCAAGGCGCUCUGGAUAAGGUAGAUGGCUUCUGGAGUGGUGUCUUAUCAGCUACGGAUUCUCCGUUGAAGCCAUUGCUGAAUGGCACGAUUGAUCCCAAGAUUCUAAGAGCUGUCACAGGCUUCAAGGUAAAAACAAGCGUCAAGGAUGGUUCAUUGCGUCGGAGUGUCUCACUCGAAUUAAGACCGAAUAUGUUUGCUGAGAAUGGAACAAUUCUCCGAGAAGUUGACACUAACCUCAACACAACGGCGCUGACGCCUAUUCAAUGGAAGCCUGGGACAGAGCGAGUGCGUCAAGACUCACUCUUCAAGUUCUUCUCCCCGGAGUGCAACGAUGAAGAAUUUAUUGAUGAGGCUCUGGACGCGUUUGACAUGGUGUUUCAAAACCCCUUUCUAGAACUUGAGUCCUCCGAAGACUGA